GCACUGAUGUUUUGCCCCACUCUUUGAUUGUUUUGCGUGUCAAAAUUAUUCGCCAUUUAUUUCUGGGUACUUAAAUGUGCACAUAAUUUGUGUGGAUCUACAGAUUCGUGGAUAUUUUCUCAAGAAAAAACGAGUAAAAUUGUUUGAACCUGUGAUCGUACAGUGAACGCGAAAAGACGUAUUAUUAUCGCAUCCGAAAAUGUCCUCUCGUGUGUUAAAGAAACUCCACGGCGAGCCGGAGUUGGACAAAAAUGAGGAGGAUAUUCUGUCGGAUAUUGAAAGUGAAAAGGAGAAGAAACAAAUUAACAAUCGAUAUGAUUUGCUAAACGAUCAGUCAUUAUCAGAAAGUGAAGUCAAGGAAGACGAUAAUGAGACCGAGCAUACGUCAACGGCAACCCCUCACCCCAUCGAAGCGAAGAAGAAGAAAAAGAAACGUAAGAAGAAGAGUGGGAAACAUGCCCCAAAUCGUCGUAGCAGUGAGGAUAAUGCUGACAUCGACGAAAUAUCUCGGACGGUACGGGAAGUGGAUAAGUUAUUUGGGCAAACAACAAUACUGCCAGUGAAGCCAGCAACUAAGGAAAAAGCAACAGUAUUGCAUUCUCUGCUAACAGUGCAACACAAAAACUUAAAUCCGUCAUACGAAAUGAAACGAAUGUUCGGUAGUAAAGUCGUGCAAGCGGAACAAAACAAAAGACGCAAUGCACGCGGUCCGCGUCCACUUAAGUCGACUUGGCUGGUGUCGCCAAAAGACAAUUGGCCACCGCUGUCGAAAUUAGGUCUGUCUAUGAGCAUCGACACGAAUCCAUUGAAUGACAAUUCAUUGACUUGGUUCAAGUUCGAACAUAAUGUCGCCUAUCGAACAUUGCAACACAAGUUUUUAAAGGCUGUGGAGAGCAUGGACUCGGAGAAUAUUAUUCAAAUCGUUCAACAGCAACCUUACCAUAUCGACUCGUUGAUUCAGUUGAGUGAAUUAUGUAAAAUGUCUGAAGAUCAUGCCAUGGCAUCAGGGUUAAUUGAACAUGCAAUUUUGGCCUAUGAGUUGAGCUUCAAUUCAAUGUUUAAUCUAACAACAGCCGAAUGUCGAUUAGAUUACAGGCGCCAAGAAAACAGGGGAUUUUUCAUUGUGCUGUUCAAACACACACAAUAUUUGGAAUCACGCGCUUGUGUCAGAACAGCGUUGGAGGUCGGAAAGUUAAUAUUAUCAUUUGAUCCGUUGUCUGAUCCACUGGCAAUGAUACUGGUAUUGGACUAUUAUGCUCUGCGGGCCAAACAAUAUCCUUGGUUGAUUCAACUUUAUCAAGAAUGGGAAAACCCCAAAAAAUUGGCUCAAUUACCAAAUAUGGCUUACUCGUACGCACUAAGCUUGUUUUACGAAUCAAAGGAUGAUACUUCGCUCGCCGACACUGCUAUUCAGUAUGCUCUGAUGAUGUUUCCUGGUGUACUAAAACCGUUGCUAGACGAACUAUCCGUACAAGUCGAUUCUCGAGUCAGCACUCACGCUUACUUUAAUGCAAAUGCCUACAACAGUCAAUCACCGGCUUUGCAACAGUUAACAUCACUGUAUGUCUGCCGAUCGAAAAGUAUUUGGCGUGACGCAGCUAUUUUGCCAUGGUUGGAACGUAAUGUAAAUACCGUGCUCGAUAGAGUGGAUGCGAAAGAUAGUAUUGUCGCUGAAUAUACUCAAAAGCGUAGUCAAAGGUACAACAAAACUCCGCCGAAGGAAAUCUUACGUCACAUCAUCCUGUCGGAUUUCAAAGAAAAAGUUCCACUUGCCCCGUUUAUCAACAAAGACACCGAACCCAUUUUGAUGUAUGAUCCCCUACCUCCAGUCGACACAAUCAAUAUUUACACAAAACCAAAUAUGCCAUCACGGGUACUUCAGAACCGAUCUCCAUUUUCUAUGUUCUUUCAGUCUUUGUUGCCCAAUUUCAACAUACAAGAGUUUGCUGCACCUGUUGCAAUGAACGACGAAGGAGCUAAUCAAGUGCGGGAAAAUAAUGCAGUAGAUGCUCUCGAUGGAGAAGCCGCCGGAGGAGCGUCGAAUCAACAGACAUACAUGGACUUUCGAGCUUCAGUGAAUUCAAUUGUUGAUGCAAUGCGAAAUUUCAUAUCCGAUAUUCGUGUACCCGAACGACCAAAUGAUGCUGACGUCGAUGAAAAUGAAAGUUCCGACGAUGAGCCAAAUGAUUAUUUGACAUAAACAGUUUUCAUUUUUGGAUGGGCAUAGCGGGGAGAAAUGGAAAUGAUGGCAUGAGGAAUGAAGAGGCAAAGAUGAACGCCGUUUCUGCGUAUGGAUGAUGUUCUUUAUUAAAUGAAAUCAAUUAAUUUUAUUACAAAUUCCAAAAAAAAUGAAAAAAAAAUGUUUAUUGAUAUUUGUCUAAUUGUUAAAAACAAAACAAAAAAAAAUUAAAAAAAGAAGAAAAUACAAAAACGAAUUCCGAUUCGGCUUAAAAACAGAACAAAGAAAUUGAUUUUUCAUGUUAUCAAUGUCGAAGCCAAACUUCGUCACACCGAUAACGAAUUGCGAAAUCAAAAUUUUUGUUUUUGUCUUCAAUCGAUUAACGAUAAAAUUCCGGUUACAAAAAAAAA